AUGUCUUUUCGAGGGAAUUCUGAAGCAAUAAUUUUCAGAAAAUCAGCGGGCGAGAAUCGAGACAUAUGGUAUGCUAGUAUAAAUGGAAAAUCUGGUUAUGUUGCCUCAAAAUUUCUGAGAGAAUACAAAAUACUAGAAAGAAACCCUGAUGUUAUUUUACCUAUACAAGAAAUUCCAAUACAAGUCCAGCCGAAUAAAGUACAGCAAGCUCAUGAGGUCAUUGAUGGUACAACAAUCUUAAAUAGUAGUCCAGAUGGGACAACUCCUCCUUCAGAAAACUAUCCUGAAACCACUGAGCCCACUCCUAUUAAUAAUGAUAAUAUAAAAAAUGAUGUAUCUACAUAUGGAAUUAACAAAGAAGUUGAAUCAAACUUAAAAGACACAAAUGAAAAUGCUGUAGCUGACUCAAUUGCAAUUAAUAAUAGUGAAAGUUCUACCUCAUUGAAAACUAUAUCAUCGAAUCCUUUAAAUGAAGAUAGUGGCAGUGAUCAUGUUGUAAUAAGUGAUGGUAAUGGUCAAAUAAAUGAGACAUUAGAUGAAAAUUCAGAAACAGAAGAUGAGGAACAAUCAUCAGUUAAUUCAGAAGAGACGUCAGAGAGUGAGGAUGACAAACAUUCAGAAGAAAAUGUGGCAGAUGUAAAUGACAUCCCAGUAGAAUCAACAGAAGUGCCUGAAAAACAAGAUAUUACUAGUGAUAUUAAUACUAAGGAUCCUGUUAAUAAAGAAGACUCAUUUUCAAAUGUAAUAAAUAAUGUUAACUCCCAAUUACCAUUAGAAAACAUAGUUGGUAACAAAGCAGAGGAUACGCAAACAGAAAUCCCACCUCAAGUGCCUGAAACUAAAAGUGAAAGUAUAGUUAGUGAGCAAAUUGCAAAUGAUCAAAUACCUAUGGAUAUACCUAAUGUUGAAAAUAUAAAACAAGAAACUGAAACAACAGAAGUUCCGGUUUCAACUGAGAUUCCCGCUGCCCGAGAACUUACUACACCUGAAAAUAUAAAUCAAGAACCUGAAAGCACAGAAGUUCCGGUAUCAACUGAGAUUCCUGCUGCGCAAGAAGUUACUACACCAGCACAAGAGAUUCCAAUAGCCCAAACAAUUCCAGCUUUAUUCCCAGAUGCCUAUGAAAACAUAAAUACAGACAGUACUCACCAAAGUAAACCGGUUGCUUAUGAAACCACACCUCAGUACAUUGAAAACCAGGACACACAUAUUACUGAAGCAACCACUGUAAGUGAACCGAACAUAGAUGUUACCGAAGAAACUACAUCCCCUCAAGUAGAGAUAACCACUGAAACAAUACUAGAAGAAAUCUUUAGCUCGACUACAGAAACCCCAAUUUCUAUGGAAGAUAAUACUGAAAGUGUUUUAUCAAGUAUUUACACGACAGUUGCCGACCUAUGGCCUCCAACCACAGAAACUCCGCCUCCUAUUUACAAUCCCGAGUAUGUUGAAGAUCGUGAAGACAAAAGCUUCUCAUUUAUAAGUUAUUUAUUUAAUACAUAUAAAGUUGUUAUGGGAGUUCAGGAGGAUAGUAAUGCUCUUUUCCCAGGAAUUGGUGAAACAUGUUAUAAGGAUGAAUAUUGUGAUGGUGAGGGAAAUAGGCCUAAUCGUCUUCUAACAUUUCUUGUCACCACCGCUGGCUCAGUGUUGCUCUUCACUCUUGGUUACUACUAUAUAGAAAGCAAACGACAGGACAGUAGGCUCAUCGGAAACAUUGAUAACCUUCAACGCGAACUGCUUUUCACUAGUAAGGAGUGUAAGAUCCUUAAAGAGGAGCUUGCGUCUACUAAAACGAAGUUGGCAGGUAUCGAGGACAGCUCAUUCGGUAUGGACGAUAUGGUUCAAUCAUUGAAAGCUGAAAUCAAUGAACUGAAAGAGAACAACGAAAGAUUAAGAAACUCCUUAGACGAUAAUGAAAAGUUGCUGAGAGUGUCUGAAAACACGGCCGGUGAACUGCAGAAUACUUUGAGUGAAGUAGAGAAUACUCUUAGUGAGCUCUUUGCUGAGAGAGCGCAUUCUGAAGAGCAAAUUGCUGAAUUGAAUGGUAAAAUUCAGGCGUUUGAAGAAGAAUUAAUAUCAGUGAGCAGGGAGAGAGAUAACUACCAGUUGAAGUAUGUUUCAGCGGAAACCGCAUUGGAAGAAUUUAAAAAACAGAAGAAACAGUUAGAUGAACUGAAAAUGGAUUUGACUGAAGCAAACAAUACUAUUGAACUACAGCGACAUGAGAUUGUUGCUCUUAAAGAUGCGAUCAAAGAGUUGCAAGGUGGCACAUCAUCGAACACAGAUGUAAAUUCACUGAUAGACCACACAGAACUAAAAGCAAAGUUGGCCAAAGCUUUGGAAGAAAAAAACGCAUUCAUGAGUAAAUAUGAGACAGAGCACAAAGAAAGAUCCCGUCUGUCCGAUGAACUUAAAACAGCUCUUGAGUCAUACAAAGUGAGCAGUCAACAGGCAACGGAGGCCACUACUAGGUUAGAGGUGCUGGGGAAAUACUUCCAAGAACGAGAGAGCGAACUCAUGAAAGAACUGAGCACCAAAGAAGCGUUAUGGCUCAGUAAACAAGGAGAGUCCGCUAGCACUGUUGAAAAGAUUGAAAUAUUGCAGCAGGAGGUUCAAAGAUACAAGGAGAAAUGCGACCAGUUAACCCUAGAGCUGGCCGAGGCUGAGUCGUGUAGACGUACAGUAGUGAGUGAGGUCGAGGGUCGAGCUCACGCCGCGUGGCUUGAAGCACGCUCCGCUAGAAGAGACCUGGACGCAGCCAGGGACGAAGCCGCCGCGUUAAGGAGGAAACUGGCCGCGUUACACGAGAACGACGCGCAACGACCAAUAGCAUCUCCACUAGAGGCAGAGGUAGGGUUGCCAACCGCCCUUCCACCACCUCUUGCGUUUCUUCCACCGCUAUUGCCACCCUUGCCGCGUCCGCCACCCCUAGGACGAUUACCAACACCACCUAGAUUCAGUGAGCGUCGUUACUCGCCGGACAGUCGUUAUUCUCCGGGCAGUUACUACCCGCCGGAGAGACGUUACUCGCCGGAAAGACGCUACUCGCCGGAGAGACGUUACUCGCCGGAGAGUCGAUACUCGCCGGAGACCGUCCGUUACUCGCCGGAGAGUCGUUACUCGCCGGAAAGUCGCUAUUCACCACCGAGAAGAUCGCCGUAUUCGCCACGAAGACGGCGUUCAAUUGAUAGGUACAAUGGCCGCGGUUCUCGCACUAGAAAUGGUCCGAUUGAUACAGAGACGGAGUAUCACUCAGACAGUCCCACAAGACGACCUCCCAGACGGCGGUACUCAAGACGUACAUCUGGUCCAAGCUCUGGUUCAGGAUGUUCCUCCGAAUCGGAAAAAUGA